AUGUUUCCUACCCUAGACGUAGAACUUCGUCCUGGUUUUGGCUUGGGUGCGUUUGAACUGGGGGCUUCCCUCUGGAAUAUCAUAAACAUGAUUCGUCAAAUGCAGCACUUGUUCCCCCAGGUCGACAUCAAGUACGAUCCUGACGCCUCUUCCACCACACCAAUCAUUCUUCAUCUUAGGCCACACCUUGACCUUUUAUUCUCCGGCAAACAUCAGCGAUUGCGGACGAUAUGCGUCCGGAAGCUGAGGGAUACAAGCCCUCCGGUGACGCUUCAUUAUAAGGGCAGUGUGCUUUCGUCUGCAGAUGAGGUUCUCAGAAGAGUUGGUAUCAGUCGAAACUUUGGCCCUACGUAUCCUGGAGAUGACUUGCGAUAUCCAGGAGUUUGGUUCAGUUUUGAAGAAGAGGGCAUCGGCGAAGGUCGUAAGGGCAACGCACACAAUGAAGAUAGAUUGCAGGAAGUGAAGCGAGUUCUUAUCUCACAGAAAGAAGUCGACACGGAGCAAGGGGAUGCUCUGGGUGAAGUUGCAGAAUGUCCUAUAAUGAACAGUGAUAUUGCAUUGGCAAUCGUAAAGGUGCAUGAUGGAGUGACAUUACAAUUCUACCCCUCAAACACAGCUUCACUACAUGUCCGCAUCGGUACUACAACUGCCCAAGAUCUAGCUGUCUCUCUUGGUCGUCCCCUUCGCGUUCAUUACAAAGAAGAUGAUCGAAUGACAAUACACUCUUCCCUUCAAGAUGAAUCUGAUACUGGAUGUGGGACAAUUUUGAACACCCACUAUUUCUACAAUUACUUCCAGCAUGGAAUAGAUUUUUACAUCUCAGGGAAGAAUCAUGUUGUCAAGAAGAUUAUCUUGCAAUCGAACGUGCCUGGAUCACCACUUUUCCAGGUUUACAAGCGAUGCAAUUGGGAAAUAGAAGGGAAACCAGAGGAUGACGAAGAUGACACCCCUCCGAGAAAGCGGUUCUAUGACCGGUUUGAGACCAUUAGCCAUUUCCUGAGUCCAAGAGAGCCUCCCCCGUCCAUGUUGCUUGACCGUACCAAUGACGAGGAGGACAUCACGCUUCCCAGCGCAACAACGCGUCUUUACGGAUAUGACGGUAUUAUUCUUGAAGUUUCCGAAGCAUCUCAAGUCAUAUCUGUUACGCUCUUCUAA